AUGGCGUCCCGAGGCGCUUCCACAUCUGGGCGAGGGCCACAAGUUAAGAGACAAAAACCUGACCCGCCUGGCUCUACGCUUUGCUCCCUUGAGUUGCUUGAGGCGUUGAGGCAUCGCUUCGGGAUAUCCGAGGCGGUGGAGUUCGUCGUUCCAGAGAAGAGCGACCGAACCGACAAGCCUCCAGAGAAUCACUUCACUCUGUACGAGGCAUUCUUUGAGCUUCGCUUUCUCUGGUUCCCGAUCCCCGGAGUGAUCCUUGAAUAUCUCUGGAAACACGGGAUCUCGAUUGGGAAAAUCAUGCCGAGGGGAUUACGGCUAAUGAUUGGCAUCUUAGUUCGAAGCUUCGAAUGCGGACUUGAUAUCGAGCUGAAUCACCUGCUGAACUUGCUGAAAAUCAGGAAAGCUCCGAAAGGAAAUAGAUUCUAUAUUUCCAACAAGGCGAAGCGACGGAUUAUAGGCGGUUUUCCCAGCAAGGAUCAGUUUUGGACUGAACGCUUCUUCUACGUCUUGGUGAACGAGGCGUCGGUCGGCGAGGAUUACGUUCAAAGAACCAAGACCGCUUGGGGACCACUUGUUCGGUGCUUUCUUCCCCCCAUUCCCGACGACCUCUUUGUUGUUCGAGACUCUUUUUCGGCUCGGAAGGUCAAUUGGAGGAAGAAUUUCACCCUCGAGAGAGUAGAGAAAGCCCGAGCUAUCCUUGCCGGAGUCCCUGUCAGUUCUUCAUCUUCCACCUCCUCAAGAGAUACACGAGAGAAAAUGGUGAUAAUCGCUCUGAGAUAUAGGAAGAGGCAUGAAGAAGAGGCGGCCGCGAGACGAGCUGCCGAGGCGGCUCAAGCGCAGACCAAGGCGGUUCCAGCACAAACCGAGGCCAUCCCUCAACCCGACCCGCCGAGCCGGGAAGGAGACAAAAUGGUCCGAGCCGCAGAAGGCAACACUGCCGAGGCGGUCGAGAGAGAUGCAGCGCCCGAGGUGGAACCGGGCGAAAUUAUUCCCGAGGUCUCCGGGGAUGAUUCGGCGGUGCGGAGCAAAACUCCUUCGAACUCUGCCAUUUUAGCCCUCCCGAAGUCGACGAGGCCCCUGACUUCAGUUGUUCAGAAACAUGACCCGAGUCGAAAACGUUCGGCUGCUGACAAGGGGAAGGGCGUUGCUGUUCAAAAGGACGUGCCGUCCAAGAAGAGGCGGAAGCCGACGCCUGGGGACCCCGCCGCGUGCAAGUUGGUCGUCGACGACCCCGACGCUUCUGCUGUCAUGUUCUCGCGUGUAAAUAACGCGAACACGCGUCUUCCUCCUCCGGAGAAUCUGAGGAGGCCGAGGUCGUACGGCGCGAUUGCAAAGCGCGGUAGCAAGUUUGUCGCGGCCAUUAACGACCUGAUGGCCGAGUACGAGGCGGACCUAUCUAAGGUCAAACGUCGCUUGGAUGAGGCUCGAGGCUGGAAGAGGAGAAGAUAG